CCAACCAAUAGUGAAUUAGAACAACAGGUGAAAAUUAUGCGGUAGGAAUAGCUAGCUUCAAGCCUUCAACCAAGAACUAGCCAUCUGUUCUCUCUAGAGAGAAAGAGAGAGAGUUAUGGCUCCUUGUAAUUCCCUUCUGCUACUGCUCUUUGCCUUUCUUGGAACAGUAACACCUGCAAAAUCAAUGCCUGCAUUUUUCCCCAGAGCAAGCUACUUUCAAUCUUUAACCGCCAAACAAUCAAAGGCCACAAAGCCAAAGAUCGCUUACAAGACCCACUACUUCCCUCAGAUUCUGGACCACUUCACUUUCCAACCCAAGAGCUCUAAAAUUUUCUACCAGAAGUACCUCAUUAAUAGCCAAUACUGGCACCGAGGAGCUCCUAUCUUUGUCUACACUGGAAAUGAAGGUGACAUUGACUGGUUUGCGGCCAACACUGGCUUCUUGCUAGAUAUUGCUCCCAAGUUCCGGGCUCUCCUGGUUUUCAUCGAACACAGAUUUUAUGGGGAGUCAAUGCCAUUUGGGAAGGACUCGUACAAUUCAGUAGAGACAUUAGGGUACUUGAAUUCACAGCAAGCAUUGGCUGAUUUUGCGGUUCUGUUGAGGAGCUUGAAGCACAAUCUUUCCUCUGAAGCAUCUCCUGUGGUAGUGUUUGGUGGCUCUUAUGGAGGCAUGCUGGCUGCCUGGUUCAGACUGAAAUACCCACACAUAGCCAUUGGUGCAUUGGCAUCUUCAGCCCCUAUUUUGCAGUUUGAUGAUAUUACUCCAUGGUCAAGCUUCUAUGAUGCUGUAUCCCAGGAUUACAAGGAUGCAAGCUUGAAUUGCUAUGAAGUGAUUAAAGGUAGCUGGGCAGAGCUGGAGGCAUUGUCAGCUCAGAAAGAAGGGUUGGUUGAACUAAGCAGAACCUUCAGAACUUGCAAAAAUCUUCAUUCAUUAGAUUCUGUCUGGGACUGGCUAUGGUCUGCAUUUGUUUACACAGCCAUGGUGAACUAUCCAACUGAAGCAAAUUUUAUGAUGCCACUGCCUGCCUACCCUGUGAAGGAGAUGUGCAAGAUCAUUGAUGGAUUUCCACCAAGGGCUUCCAAGAUUAGCAGGGUUUUUGCAGCUGCCAGCUUAUAUUACAACUAUUCUCGUGGAGAAAAAUGCUUUCAGUUGGAAAAUGAACCUGAUUCUCAUGGCCUUCAUGGUUGGAACUGGCAGGCAUGUACAGAGAUGGUCAUGCCAAUGACUUGCUCAAUAGAGAGCAUGUUUCCUCCAUCUGGGUAUGAUUACAAAGAGUUUGCAGAAGGAUGCAAGAAAAAAUAUGGGGUCACGCCUCGACCGCAUUGGAUCACUACUGAAUUUGGUGGCAAAAGAAUUGAUCAAGUGUUGAAGAGAUCUGGUGGCAACAUCAUAUUUUCUAAUGGAAUGCAAGACCCCUGGAGCAGAGGAAGUGUCUUGAAAAAUAUAUCUUCCAGCAUCAUUGCUCUCGUCACCAAGAAGGGAGCUCAUCAUGUUGAUUUUAGAUCUGCAACAAAAGAUGACCCUGACUGGCUUAAGGAGCUGAGGAGGCAGGAAGUUGAGAUUAUUGGGAGGUGGAUAGAUGAGUACUAUGCAGAUUUAAAACAAGGGAUAGAUAAUGCAUGAAGUUUAGAUUACAGAAGAGGAUCAUGUGCAAAACUUGAUGAUUGUUACCACAAGUGUUACUUAUUUUUUAUGUGUAUGUACCAACUAAUUGUGGUCUCAUAAUGCCAUAAUCAAGCCUUUGAACUAAUA